AUGUCGACGCGACAAGCUGCUCUGUCGCUUUACCGACGGUCUCUGAAGCUCUCACUUGACUGGGCAGUCCACCGUCAUCUUUGGAGAGGCCAAGCGCUCUACAUUCGGUCUCUUUUCGAGGCGAACCGCAAGGUUACUGACGCACGCCAGAAGAGGGAACUGCUAGCAGAGACCGAGAAGCUUCUGGAGAGAUGGAAGCACCCUGAUCCGUACACUCCGCCGACCGCCCCUGGUGGUUCGAAAUAUGAGCGAAACCUCCCUCCGCCAAUCCUUGACGCUCCUCCCCCACUCAAGUUCUGA